AUGACCUCUCUGAGGAUCUCUCAGGGGCAGAAUGGCAUCAUCAACUUGGCCUCGCUGUAUCGCUGUCCUGAGUUCCAUUCUCGGGUGAUUGCACCUCCUUGCCGGUACCUCCGGAGUUUGUCCACAGGUACCUACAGUUUUCACUUAUCCCUCUACAUCCCCGGCCCGACCUUUGUCAAGCAGGUCGAGCUCGUGACCGCCAUCCACGCCGCCGGCCUCAAGUGGCUCUUCGUAGCGCUGGAGUUCCUGGACCUCGCCUUGGCGACUGUCGAGGGCCUGAGCCUGCCGCCGGGCAUGGUUGUCGUGUUUGAUCCGCCGGGGUUGGACAGCUACACCGGCGCGCAGCCCAGCCUGAGCGGUUUGAUGGACGGCGCUGACGAGUCCGACAAGGCACGUCUAAAGACUACAUAUAGUAUCAACAACAAACCCGAUGGCAGUAACGAGAACGGCAGUCGACAAAUGGAGGGAAGAAAUGGAAACGAGCAGCCGGUGUAA